CCUGAGGGACAGCAGAUUCUGUACCGGCCGAACAAAUUGUCGUUGUCAUUAGAAUAUUUUUUAUCUUUUAAAGAAUUGGUCACGUCAGAAUACAAAACGCCUCCCAAAUCACCCAAUGCCAGUGGUCUCCAACCCCGGUCCUGGAGAGCUACAGGGCCUGCUGGUUUUUGUUUUCACCUUAAAAUCAGCACCGAAUUGAAAUCCAAGACACCAGACUGGUCCCCUUGCCUGCCAGUCUGUGCAUGUGUGUGGUGUGAGGGCGUGGUCCUCGCUGCGAGGGUCACUCUUGUGAACUAGGCCCAGAGCUGGCGAAGUGCAGCUAUGCUGACCCUUUCUGAAGACUACUCGGUCUGAAGUCAGUUUUGCACACGCAGAAUGUUAGCAUGGCUAGUGGCCCAGCUCUGCCAGACAGCCUGGUGCUGGAGAUCUUCCUGCAUUUGCCCCAUGACGCAGUGCUGAUCGCUGGGCUCACCUGCCACCAGUGGCUGGCAGUGUCCCGGGACGAGUUCCUGUGGAGAGAGCUCUUCUACAGCUACUACCGGAUCCCGCGCUCCGUCCCCCGGCACCCAGCGGCCGUGUCCUGGUACAGGGAGUUCAAGCGUCUGUUUGACUGCAUUCCCUGCGUGGAGGUGCAGACGCUGAGGGAGCACCAUGAUCAGGUCCUGCACCUGGCCUUCUCCCACCGAGGCCACCGCUUCUCGUCCUGCUCCAAGGACUGCACCGUCAAGCUGUGGGACACGGAGCGGCCGGACGGCGACAUCGCGCUCGUACACAGCUCCAGCAUGCGCCAGUUUAACUGGGGCUACACCCAGUUCUCCCAGUUCAACGCGGACGACAGCCUGCUGCUGGUGUCGGGGGUCUACCUGGGGCCCCAUCAGUCCUCCUCUGGGGAGAUCGCUGUCAUCAGCCUCGAGAACUACACCCUGCUGUCCCGGGUGAGGAACAAGCCCUACGAUGUUUUUGGCUGCUGGUUGAACGAGGCGCACCUCAUCUCUGGGAACCUGCACUGGAUCGGGAACAUGACCUCAUGCUCUGUUCUUUGGCUCAACAAGGCUUUCCAGGACGUGGAGUCGGAGAACGUGAACGUGGUGAAGCGUCUCUUCAAGAUCCAGAACAUGAACGCCAGCACCAUCCGCACGGUGAUGGUGGCGCACUGCCGGCGCCACGACUCGCCGGACCUGCUGCUGGACUACGAGGCGCAGUCCCGGGCCCGGGCCGAGCGGGAGCGCGGCGGGCAGUGCCACCAGCCGCUGCUCUUCGACCUGGGCGACAGCGAGCAGGAGGAGGAGGAGGAGGACGGGGACGAGCAGGAGGACGGGGAGGAGGAGGAGGCGGGGGAGGGGGGCCGGGCGUACCCGCGCCCCACGCACGCCGCCCACAGCCUGAGGCUCGGUCACAUGAUACAGGGUCAGCGCAGUACGACAGAGAGAGAGAGGGAACUGGAAUCCCGGGUGGCCGAGUUCAUGGGGAAGACCCGAACCUCCCGGCCCGACUCCUCCCUGCUCACCCCCUCCCCCUCGGGAGAGGUGGAGGAGAAGACCUACCUGCUCUUCACCACCGGCAGCCUUACCUACUCUCCUCACCAGAUAGGGAUCAAGCGGAUCCGUCCCGAUCAGAUGACCACCUGCGGGCCGGUCCUGGGGGAGGAGCGAAGCUCGGACGAGUUCUUCGACUCGCUGGACCACGUGAUCGACAUUCACGGCCACAUCAUCGGCAUGGGCCUGUCCCCCGACCACAGGUACCUGUACGUGAACAGCCGGGCGUGGCCGGCGGGGUGCGUGAUCUCGGACCCCAUGUCGCCCCCGCCCAUCGCUGAGGAGAUCGACCUGCACGUCAUCGACCUGAAGAGCCUGCGGGAGGAGAGGCGGAGCCUGCGGGCGCACCGGGCCUUCACGCCCAACGACGAGUGCUUCUUCAUCUUCCUGGACGUCAGCCGCGACUUCGUGGCCAGUGGCGCGGAGGACAAGCACGGGUACAUCUGGGACCGCCAUUACAACAUCUGCCUGGCGCGGCUGCAGCACGACGACGUGGUCAACUCGGUGGCCUUCAGCCCCGCCGACCAGGAGCUGCUGCUGUCCGCCAGCGACGACUCCACCAUCAAGGUGUGGCGGUCGCCCCGCAUGGUGCGGCUGGCCCGGGCCCCCCCGCGCCCCGCCCCCACCCGCAGGCUCCUCUCCUGGCUGCUGGAGAAGAGGAACGCCGACGCCGCCGCCGCCGCCUCCACCGCCGACCUCAACGGCAAGCCGUGAGGCCUUUUUGGGGGGCGGGGACUCUGCCCCCGACAGCCCGUCAGCCCUCCUCUCUCUGCUCAAACGCUCCAGGAACGCACAGUCAGCUGUCCCUUUAUUUGCUCUGUUCCCCCCUCCCCCCCCACCCCUUUUUUUUUGUUUCUUUUACCCCCUUUUCUCCAAGACUCACUGGCCACCAGGAAGCCUGCAGAGCAAUGUGUCGGCCACUAGGAGGCACCACAGUGACACAAGUUCAGCCCCGGGGGCCCCCUCCCCGAUUCCCCUAUCUGGCUCAAGGUAGCAAUGUCUGGUCUUCUGUGAUUGGUCCACCAGGUAACGCCCUUACGCUGAGCUCUAGGUGUCCCGGGAGUGACCUCAUCCCGGCACGGAACUUCUCCCAGAGAAACCGAAUCCCAGAGAGACGGUAUCCCAGAGAGAUCGUAUCCCAGAGACAUCCUCUGGGUGCAGACAGCUACCCAUCUGAAUCUGGGAGACUAACCAAGCAGGAGGGUACCUGUGCCAGCGUGGUUUCAUUUGCUGGAUGCCAACUUGGUUUAUUCUACUGGUUUAAUUUACCAUCACUGCAGCCGUGGUGUAUAUGUUCGCGCACACACACUCACACGCACACAGGUACUUUUACUUGAGAACUUAGGAAUGCGAUUUUAAACUGAAGAAACGGGAGCCCAUGGACAGUCUCGAAGUGAACACAAAUGGGAAAGUGCAUGCUAGUCACACGCGGUAGAUUGAGCACGCACGGUGAUCUGUCCCCACAAAGCAUGCUUUUCAGGAAGAGCUGUGUGUGUGCUGUUCGGAGUGUGGCCCUGGUUUUCACUGUGAGCAGCUGUGAUGACCCCUUAAACAGCUGGCUGCUCCUGUGCUGCCUCCGCAGACAGCAGAGACCGCAGCCUCACCAGCUGAAUGGUUAGUGGUAGGGUUAGGGGGAGGGGGGAUAAUUAGCGUUUGGGUUAUAGGGGUAAGGGUUAGUUAGGGUUUGGGUUAGAGGGGUAAGGGUUAAUUGGGGUUUGGGUUAGGGGGGUGAGGGUUUGUUAGGGCUAGGGUUAAGUGGGUAUGGGUUAAUUAGGGGUAAGGCUUGGUUAGAGUUUGGGUUAUGGGGGUAAGGGUUAGUUGGGGUUUGGGUUAUAGGGGUAAGGGUUAGUUAGGGUUUGGGUUAUCGGGGUAAGGGUUAGUUAGGGUUUGGGUUAUGGGGGUAAGGGUUAGCUAGGGGUAGGGUUAGGGGGGUAAGCGCUAGUCAAGGUUUGGGUUACGGUAGGGUUAGGGGCGUUAGGUUUCAGCUGCGGUUAGGGUUAGGACGUUUAGCCUAGUGGGGGCUCUUUAUUUUGGACAGGCGUUGGCGCUCGGCCCUGUUCUCAUGAGCGGUGUGUGGUGUCUAUGGCAGGACGGGAGGUUGGCCAACAGCAGGCUGUUCUUAUGGUGUGUGAGAGCAGCAGGUGAUCUCGUAACCCCAGAGAGGGCCUGACCAGUGCGGUUUGUAAUAUUCCAACUGCUUCUCAGCUCAAGUGGCACCGCCUGUCUCCCCCCCCAGGAGACUUUCAGCACAUGACCACAGGCGUCAUAUCCAUUAGUAUCCCGGCAACAGCCUCUUGCUUCUCCUCCCACCCCCUUCAGUGUCAAGUAGACCUCUUGCUUGGUCUGCUGGUCAUAAUAGAGGUUGCAGGUUCCCAUAACAUCAUCAGGUCUUCCUUCAGCAUUUUCAUUGUUCAUGUGCGUGAGUGUGAGACUGUGUGUGUGUGUGUGUGUGUGUGAGUGGGGAGGCUCACAGGUGGUAAAAGUGGCAUGUGACGGUGUUUACCGGUCUUACUGUUACAAGUGUACCCUGUUUCCCCUGUUGUGUGCUGUGAGGCGGGCUGUUCCACAGUGAUGCACGCCUUGCCUUCUUUUAUUUAAAAAUAAAAAUCCCUUUGGAAACGCUGA